CUGUUCAGAGCUUUCUGGUUCUGCAGGUUAACUGGCAGUCCAAGUCUGUUCCAGUUAGUUCUUCCGUGUUUACAUGUAGAUGGACAAUACAUCCCCUUUAGGUGGUCUAGAUGUGUUUUUAACUGCUGAAAAUAAAAUAUCUGGUUACUGUGGAACGUCUCAUUUAUUUGGGCUUUAUGUAGGAGUUGAAGUCUCUUGGCACGGGAAGACCCUUAAAUUUGUGUUCUAUAUUAGUAGAAUUCCAGUAAUGAACAUGAAAAAUGAAAGCCAUUAAUUCUUAGUGUGAUCACCUUGUUCUCUACUGUAUGUCCUUCUGUAGGUGAGAGGUGGACUGCAGUGUCUGUGCUGUGUGGAACAAAACAGGCAUCAAAGGCAGCUGAUACGUGAAUAUCACAUCCUUUGCUUUCACAGAGCACACCUCUACCAGAAAGAUUUCCUUCCUUUGGAACAAAUGGUAAAAGUGACAUCAGCCUCUACUUUUGAGUCAGGAGCACACAUACCUCUCUCCGAUGGCAAUACAGGGAGUGUGAUGUUACAAGUCCAGAAGUAAACUGUAUAUCUCACAGCUAUUGCUAGCGUGGAGGAUGAUUCAGAGGUGGCUCUUCCUAAGCAGAGAAAGGUACUAACAACAUUGGUUUUUAUGCAGGAGUAAGGAGUGAGUCUCUGUGUGCUGUUUCAUUUUGCCUGUGGCACUGGUACGUAAUGGUUUUUUGGUGUUGCCUCUAUUGCUUUAACUUUGCAAUAACAAGGAGCAUCUCUUCUAGUUCUCCUAAUGUUGAAACUUUGCUUUAGCAGUUGGCAGAGCGAUGCGUACCUGAUUAGAAGCACUCUCUUUUAAGACUAUGCAAUAGCCUUCUUGUAAUACUACUUAGCAUGCUGUCUUUCUGCCUUUGAAUACAGUUCUGAACUAUUUGAGUUGGGCUUGCCAGGGGGUGGGAAGUAAAGCGAGGGCGUGGAACACAUUGGGAAUUUCCCAGCAGCUGACAUAAGAAUUUGUUCUGAUUGCCAGUAGUUUACAAUCUGCUCCUCCAAGAGUUUGCUGCUGACAGAACAGAGUUUCCUUUCCUAGGGCUGUAGAGUUACAUCAUGACGGCUGUAGGUUUUUACUUGCGUUUUUCUACUGUUUUGUUUUUGCUGCUUGUGGUCACUUCGACCCAUUGCUUGGGUUUGAAAUGCAAAGAACAUGAAUAUCCUUUUGGUUCAAAAUGCUGCAAGGAUUGUGCACCUGGUGAAAGAAUGAGAAACCGCUGCACAGCGACAACAGACACAGUUUGUGCCCCCUGUCAAGACAAUUACUUCAAUGCUGAGCACAAUCACAACUUCUGCAUGAGUUGUACAGUCUGCAACACUAAGAAGGGAAGCGUGGAAGUGAAGAAGUGUGAGAAGACCUCUGACAGAAUUUGCAAGUGCCUUCCUGGUUACAUGCCAGAUGUCAGAUAUACGCUGGGAAGUGUGUGCUUGGUGUGUCCUGAAGGGUUUUAUUCCACAGGAGGAAAUGAAAGCUGUCGGCCUUGGACCAACUGCAGUGCUAUUGGGAAAAAGACUCUUCGAGCAGGGACGAAAUCAGAUAAUGCUGUUUGCAGCGACAAUGUGACACAACCAGCUACCUCUCAAAGUGCAACACCUACUUUGCAUCUUUCCACCAACUACUACAGGAAUAAUACAUCGACUGCAGCGCCUUCACCCACCAAACCCAGCGUGAACCCUUUUGUUGUUUGCCCGGAUGCGAACAGCCCCACAGGCACUAACUGGGGGUCUCUAUCACUUAUCCUGAUUUGUCUAAUACUGCUUAUAGUGUCUGGAGUAUCCAUUUUCAUGUUGAUUAUCCAAGCGGCCAAGAGAGAGAACAAGAGGAGGCCUUGCAGGAAUGACCAUCAAAAAAGGAGCUUUCGAAUUCCUAUCCAGGAAGAACAAGUUGACUCCAAUUCCAGUCUCAUAAAAAACUGACUCCACAUCAUUUUACUGCAUCCUGCAUUUCUGAGCCAAUCAAUUGCAACAACAAACGUGACAGAACUUUCAGUUGGUGUAUGUGUGGGUGUGUGUUAACUGCUCAAUUCUACUUCAGUUCCUUUGGGUCUCUCUGAGUGGCCCUUAGGCAUCAUAGCUGUUCUUAGUGAGCCAUGGUUCCUUUUCUUUAGAUGGCUCCUACAUGCAGUGUUGCUGUUGCUAUGCCUGAGUUUAUACAGUCCUUUCCGCAUUUCUAACCAAUUGUAUAUAUGAUGGAAGCCAAUUGCCUUUGGAAGGCAGAAAGUCUUCAUGAAGCAGUAAGAGAUAAUCGUCAAGCAGACUGACAAAUGGAAGAUCCAAAACUUGCUUUAAUAACUAGACUUCUAUCUUGUCCUGCAACUUUGAGAUGCUAUGCAGAGCACAUCUCAGUGCAGCCCUUUUGAGUGUUUCAGACUAACUCCUAAUGGAGUUCUUUGCCUUUUAGGUGGAGGGUCUCCACAAUUGAACCUAAUUGGCUUCCUCUGUGCUUCCAUUUUUUCUUCCAGCUUUUUUGCUUCGCACUCAAAAUGAGUGGUAUAUGUCAUCUGUUCCUCCAGAGGCAGUUAUCAUAGCUGCCAAUUCUGGUGGUGGGUUUUUUAAUGACUGUUGAGAAAUGGCUAUUUAAUGCCACUUCUUUCUUUUCUUCUUGUCUUUGAGGCAGACCCAUUGAGAAGAUGUCAUGUUAAGUAUUGAGCAGCGUCCCCAUAGACCAAUAAAUAGAAUUAUUCAUGACUUCCAAAUAGCUCUGGAUCCCCAAGAACGUCUAUAGAGAUCCUCAUAUAUAUUAAAAGUAGAAUGUGUAUUUGCUGCCAGAAGGCAAAAGGAAUGGUAUCCUUUAGAAUGUUAUUAUUGGAACUGUAGUCCCAAGUAGGGGGAAAGGCAGGGUACAACUUGCCCAUGCUGAAGAUUUCAGAAGUUGUUGUGAAUAAUUCACAUUCUGUCUGUAAACUCUGCAGUCAGCAUACUUUGUUUCCUCUUUGUGGAUGUUCUGUUGUGCUGAACAAGCUGGUGUGGUUGUCCUUUACAAGGCUGCUUCAGUCAAGCUUGAACUUCGCUGCAUUAAAACAGUUUAAGCUGCUUCUGUCAGAUUUGAUUGCUUGCUUCACGGGAAUGUGGAUGCAGGGAGAAACCCAGACAGCAGUUUGGAUUUGGGGAAAACCUUUUUCUAUGUUAGAUUUAGUAGAUGUACAUGGACAUGUUGAACUUCUGCUGGUGAAUGGUAGCUUACUGAUAGUAACUCCCUAGAUGUUCACUUCUGGAUCAGAAGAGCUGAAGUUUCAACAGCGCUGUCCAUAUGGGCCUACAAGGGUUGCACUGUAGCAAAGUAUGUAUGUAUGAAGGUGUAUGAAGACGAUGUAAUAGUGGAUAGAUGCAUAAACUGUGCUUUGACUACUUGUAUGGAUGCUCACCUUCAACGUGCUGUCAGUGGAACUUCCAUUCAGAACUGAAGAAACGUUCUUCAAGUGACCUGCAUGCGAUUGAAAGCAGGGCUGGUUGUUUGCCUGCAUAUUGUAUGAAAUGAAUUAUUACUUCUGUUGUGGCUUUUCUUUUCUUCACAAGUUAAUCAGCAUCUGUCUUGGGGAGAGCAUUUUAGAUAGCACACUGAAAAUGUAGUGCCUGAGAGAGAACUGAGAUGGUACUGUGGAUAGCUUUAGUUGUAAUUUAAAUACCUCGGUGUAAAAGUUGAAGUGAGCUUGAAGUUUAUGUAGUUCAGAUGUAUUUUUCACAUCAAAUACUCCUUAGUAGGUAACUUGUUAGGUGUAAUAGGUAUUUUGUAUAUGUGGUAUUAAAGCAUAUGACAAAGUAUGCGGAAAGAAAUGUAUUCAAGAAUACAACUGUUGGUUGAGAAUCAUGUUUUUAAACAUAUGUUUUGUUAUAUGUUAUACAUAUGGUGUACUUAACGGCUUCCUAUUUUGAAGUGCAUAUACCAUGUAUGUAAAUAUUUGUAUUAUAUAUGAAGCACAGCAGUGACUUCCUCAAAUAAAUUGUGGUGGUGGCAAGGUGCACAUGUA